CUCAUCUCAGAACGUCUCUUGAUUACUUUACGGCUUCAUAAAUUGAAAGGGACUGAGUCGAGUUAAGGAUGGGAGGAGGCAACGGAGAAUUGAAGUAUGAGAUCUCACAGAACGCUUACAUCAAACUCGUCCUCCACUCUCUUCGUCACAAAACGGCGGCGGUCAACGGAGUCCUCGUCGGUCGAAUCAGCUCCAAGGACGAAGGCAUCGUUGAGAUCUCCGAUUCCGUGCCGCUCUUUCACUCCAACCUCUCUCUCCUUCCUCCUCUCGAGAUCUCCCUCGUCAUGAUAGAGGAGCAUUACGUGGCUCAAGGUUUGAGUAUUGUUGGCUACUUUCAUGCCAACGAGAGGUUCGACGAUGUGGAGCUCUCUGGUGUGGCUAAGAAUAUUGGUGAUCAUAUCUCUCGCUAUUUCCCUCAGGCGCCAAUUCUCUUGUUGGACAACAAAAAGCUUGGAGCCUUGUCAAAGGGUAAAGAUCGAAGCCCUGUGAUGCAGCUUUGUGUGAAAGAUGCUUCCAAGAACUGGAGAGUGGUCGGAACAGAUGGGGGAAGCAAGCUACUCUUGAAAGAGCCAUCGGCUAAUGUAGUUUUGUCAGAUUACAUUUCAUCUGAGAAAUGGAAGGACGUCACAGAUUUUGAUGAUCAUCUUGAUGAUGUCACCAAGGACUGGCUAAACCCUGGACUUUUCAACUGAAGACGGGUAUGCGAUAUUGCUAAUUAGAGUGUUAGCUUUCCUCAUCUUCAGUCGAAAAACAAAACAUUUACAAUCUCCAUCUUGUUCAAGUUCUUUCCGGCUUACCCAGCAGAGCUCAAUUUACUUUUAGUGGUCAUAUCUUAAACCCUUGUUUUAUCAUUUAAAUGAUGUCUUGUAGGGCUUGUUCUCGUGAUUCACUUUGUUAGCUCAUUGGCUGCACUUUGAUUAUAUAGUUGGAAUGAAAGCUUUGCGUUAUUUGGUUGUUCUUCUUGAAAUUUGCAAAGUACAUAGUUAAAUCCUAAAGAACAUGAAACCCUUUCGGGAAAUACUCUUAUCUGCAUCAAACUUAAAACACUGGACAACCUUUAACGGCAACACCUUUGGCGGUCUGGGCAAUGGUCUGAAUUAUCAAGCACCCACCAAUCAGGUAAAGCUUAUGUCAUUGUCCUUUGUUGUUGUCGUUGCCUUCUUCCACCGUAUAAACCUUGAGAUACAACAAACACAACAUAUGCUUAGAAGAAGACAACAUCAAAUCAGGUAGUCAAUAAGAUGUUGAAAGCUCCUUACGUUCCGUCAUAGAGAGCCAGUCACUAAGUUCCUCAUCUUUCUCACAUACAAACUGUAUUAUUUGGUUUUAAUAUUUGUAAGACCAAACAAAAAACAAAUUGUAUAAUCGUAGACGACAAUGUGUGUAUAUCGAAAGUUGAAAGGCUAUGAAUUCAGCUUUUUUGGGGAAAAG